GGAAUAGAAAACAGACGAUGUUUGAGAGGAAAAACGAAAAGGGUAGGCUACUGAAAGUGCAUUGGGAUACAGAAAGAUGUAAGUAUUUAUUUAAGUAGUCGAUGUGGUGCAUAGAUAUAGGGAAAUUGUUAAGGGGAGUAAAUCGCCAUCGAGAGAAGAUUCGUCUUCCUCUCGUGUACUAUUCAAUCAACCCGUAGCUUCCUGAACCAAAACUAUGGGCGCUGAAGGUUUAAAUCCAUACUACAUUGCUUUGAGCAAGUUUCGGUUCCGGAAAUGGGAAGAGUGUAUCGAGCUCUGCUCAGAUAUGCUGACGCAGAAUCCGAGGGACGAAGCGGUAGAGUUUAGUAGAACGUGUGGUCCAGAUUCUGUGUGGCGCACUAAAAGCGAGACUGUGAUAUGUUAGUCUUUAAUACUAGAUUAUCAACGUUAAAGUAUCAACCAUUCAUAUUUAUAAUACUUCUAUACAGGUAUGGUUCCUCAAAUGCAGAGCAAUGACGAAAAAAGAAUAUCUAGACGACCUGGAGAUGGACGAGGAGGGCCUAGGGGACAUGGUCAUGGAUGACCAUAGUUUAGCCUCUGCACCAAGACCGGGAACGUCUCUACGUCCUGGGACUAGUUUGGCAUCGCAAGUUAUGGUUUAUUCAAGUUGAGAUAAAAGAAGUUCUGGUCGUUUAGUAGAGUUGUAGUAUUUGCCUUGUUUCUCGAGAGGAGCGAGGUUUUGCGUGGCAAAUGAACUAGAAAGCUCUACUGCUACACUAGCAUUCCUUCUAUAACCUGUUGAGCGCCUCAAAAGUACUUACGCUGAUUGAUUCUCAUUCUUGUUCUUCUAAUUUUCGCCCUAGUCCAGUGAUCCGACCAGUAAGUCAAAGUGGGCGCCCGUUGACUGGUUUCGCACGUGCAGGUACCGCCACACGAGGCAGCACAAGCAGCGGGAGGAAUGGUAACAAGCAUUUUACAUUGUGAAGUAGAACUUCGCUGGAUGGGGACCCUUUAACUCUGAGAAGAUGUCGUAGACCAGAUCCUUUGUCGAAUAGCGUUACAUCAAAAACAGAGCUCGCCACUGCCAUGGGCGUGAACAUGAGGCCUGGGUCAUCCGCUCGUCCCUUGACUUCUAUGGGUCGCUUAGUGCGUCUCGGCACCGCCUCGAUGUCUCAGGCAAACACGAAGGAAUUUAUCAUACCGGAGCAGAUCAACGUGGACAGAUUUGCCAGAAAACCAGCACUAGCGAAGGCACUUUGCGAUUGGCUAUUAUACGUAGCAAGAAACCCUAAGAAGGCGUUGGAGCUUAGUGCAGUUGCGACGCAAGUGGCGGAGUUUAAUUAUGGAAAGAACGUCACAGUUGACCCAAUUACGUUGGUUCUAAGGGUAGUACGAGUUGUGCACAUGCUUGGCCAAGGCCACUGCGUGUUGUAUUUAAUUUUCUUGUACUGGAUUUAGAUAAUGAUCAACAUCAACAUAUCAAGCAUCAGCCGCGUAGUCACUGCGGGCAGAAGACUACAAGCAAGUUAACCCUCCCCUUUAAUACCAAGACUGGUGGUGGAAAGCGCGACUGGGCAAGUGCUACUACCAGCUGGGUUUGCUAGACGACGCAAAAAGGCAGUUCUUCUCAUCGUUGAAAGACUGGGACUAUGCGUAUACCCACUUGGAACUGGCCAAAGUGUUCGUGAAAAUGGACCAACCCAAUGUAGCACUAGAACAGUACCGACAAGCAUCUGAGCGAUAUCCUGGAGACACGGCUUUGCUUUUGGCAUUGGCAAGGGUUCACGAUGAAUUGAACCAGGCUUUGGAAGGCGUGAAAAUCUAUAAACAGUACUGUGGUCAUUUUUAGUGUUUUAGUUUUUAGAACUAGUGAUUUUGAUUUUGUUCUUCUUGCGGUUGCGAAGAAAGUAUUUUUUUACACACGACUGAUUCAAGUAGUUCAAUAUGUGAGGUCAAGAUGUGAACAUGUCAUUUCCCAUCACCACCAUCUUUACCAGAGUCCUCCAUUACGACUCGAUCGACGCGGAAGCAAUAUCAUGCUUAGCCAGCCAUCAUUUCUACACGGAUCAACCGGAGAUUGCUUUGCGAUUUUAUAGAAGAUUACUGCAAACGGGACAGCAAAAAAGUCCAGAGCUUUGGAACAACUUGGGACUCUGCUGCUUCUAUUCGGGACAGGUACUAAGUAGCUUUAUUUGGACGAUGACUAGUACUUCUUCUUAUAAUAUAUAGCUCUCCAAAACAUACCUCUUGCCAGGCAUGGCAAUCAAUCAAUCAAUCAAUCAAUCUGCCUAGCUGUACGCAAGUAGUAGGACGUCUAAUUUCCAUCUUCCUAUGGCUGCAUCAUGUAAUAUGUGCGUUUUUGUUGAGAAGAUCAAUGUGCUCUUCCGCUUUCUUACCUUCUCGUUUCACCACCCAGCAACAAUCUUCUGACAAACAUACACCCGCACCACAGUACGACUUAACCCUAACAUAUUAUGCUCGCACCACAGUACGACUUAACCCUCUCCCAUACUCGCACCACAGUACGACUUAACCAUCUCCCAUACUCGCACCACAGUACGACUUAACCGUAACAUAUUAUGCUCGCACCACAGUACGACUUAACCCUGUCGUGUUUUGA